UGUCGCAUAGUUGCAUAAUUUGGCAAGAUGGCCGCCUCCAUGAGACUCCUGUUUCGGAGGGGGAUCCGUCUUUCCCACAGAAAUGUUAAUGUUACCGCUGCUGGUGCUCCAGGUCAGCCCGCUGGCUGCUGGGAGCCGCCGAGCUGUCGGUGCUUUAGCGAGGCCGCCGGAGACAGAAGCACGCACUUCGGUUUCGAAACGGUGCCGGAGACAGAGAAGGCAAAGAGAGUGUAUAAGGUGUUUGAGAACGUGGCGCAGAAGUACGACACCAUGAACGAUGCCAUGAGUCUGGGGGUUCACCGACUGUGGAAAGACACGCUGCUCCACGUCAUGCACCCCCAGCCCGGGGUGAGACUCCUGGACGUGGCCGGUGGAACAGGUGACAUUUCGUUACGUUUUCUGGAGUACGUUUGUUUUCAGCAAGAGAGGCGGAAGCGGCGUGCAGCCCGGUCCAUGCAGGCACCGUCGUGGCAGGACAUUUCUAACAACUACUCGACAGAGGAGGAGGAGGACGGGCCCCAGGAAUCCAGAGCGGUGGUCUGUGACAUCAACAAGGAGAUGCUGAGAGUAGGAAAGCAGAAGGCUGACGGCCUGGGCAUCAGUGCUGGUCUGUCCUGGGUAGUGGGGGACGCAGAGGAGCUGCCCUUUGAUGAUGACCAGUUCGAUAUUUAUACCAUCGCCUUUGGGAUUCGAAACGUCACGCAUAUAGAUCAGGCUCUGCAGGAGGCUCUGCGUGUCCUGAAGCCCGGUGGCAGGUUUAUGUGUUUGGAGUUCAGCAAAGUGACAAAUCCUGUUCUAGCAAGGCUUUAUGACGCGUACAGUUUCCAGAUGAUCCCAGUUUUGGGAGAGGUGAUAGCUGGAGACUGGAAGUCUUACCAGUAUCUGGUAGAAAGCAUCCGCAAGUUCCCGGACCAGGAGGAUUUUAAAGGUAUGAUUGAGGACGCAGGUUUCUACUCUGUGAAGUACUACAACCUCACCGGUGGAGUCGUGGCUCUUCACUCUGGUUUCAAGCUGUGAGAUGCACUCCUCUGGAAAACAGAAGCAAAAAGACUGGCUCUGUGUUUCACACUUCUCUGUCUGUAUUUCAAACUGUGCAGAGUUCUCAGACAUGAACGUCAGAGCUCCUCUCUCAGCAAUGACUGCACCAUGAGAGAAGCAUUUCGGUGGACAUAUUUAUUUCCCUGCUGAUGGUCUUGGUUCAGCAACGAUUAGACUGUACUAAAUACCUUUGUUGGUAAAGAAUGCUGCACUGAUAACCUAAAUGUCACUAUAUUUGUGGUAUCAGUGUUAAGGCUACUAGCAAGUGAGUUUAUGUGCAGCUUUUUUCAAAUAUUUUGAUGUAAUAUCUACAUUUUGGCUACAAAUAAAGAAUGUUUAAAAGGAUCUCUGUACCUGAAUGGAUUAUUCUCAAAGCAAUGUAUUUCUUCUGCUGUUAAAACAAUAAUGUGAAAUGCAGGUAAUGGAAAGGAGGAUACAUCACAGGAGAUACUGGAAUACUUUGGACAUGGAUUUGGAUCAGAGAAGAUCUAAUUGUCCUGAUUGUAAUUACGAUGAAUAUACAACGCCUCCAUGGAAUUUUCUCGAAAUGAAAAGCAACCGAAUAACUCAAAUGUUCUAUUUUAUGUGAAAUAGAAAAAUAGAAAAAAACAACAUGCAAUGAAAAUAUGCAAACAUUAUUAUUUUAGCACAUUUUCAAUAUACUUUACUAGGUUAUUUUUUCUGACAGUUUAGAAUUAGUGUUCUACGUAGUUUUUGCUACUUCUUGACUUACUAAACUGUCAUUAUUGGUAUUUCUUUUUUUGCAUAAUAUAUUACAUAUUUUUUCUCGAUGUUUCUCUGUGGUGUGUUCUGAUAUUUUCAACACUGUCGUUUUUUGCAUAAUUUCAAAAUACAAUACUGUUUUCAACGUACUAUACUAUGCUGUUUUUAGCAUAUGUUUCUCAUACUAUAUAUACACAAUGUCUUUUCUUUUACACAUUUUUGACAAACAAUUAUACGUUUUAAUUUGUUUUACUAUUUUCUAUAAACUAUACUACUGGUUCUGUGUUUCACGCUUUUCUGUCCAACUGCCAAACUAAAGCCCCAGAGCUCCUCUCUGCAGCAAUGACAGAAAAACAUGUCCGACAUGAAGAGUGAACAUAUUUUCCUGGGUUCGGUUCAGCGACAGAAAGCAAUCCCAAAAUGCCUCUAUAUUUCUGGUAUCAAUGUUAGGACUACUAGCAACUGAGUUUAGUUUAGAAUAUUUUUAGUUUAGUUCUGUAACAUCUCAAAGUGUUUAAAAAGUUGAUCUCGGUAUCUGAAUGGAUUCUUCUCAAAGCUACGGAAGGCAAAGAUUUUGUUCUUAUGAUAAAACAAUGUCAAAAUGUGAAUGUGAAGUGCAGGUAAUAAAAAGGAGGACACCACAACAUGAGUUACUUGAAUAAAACUGUAUAUUUUACAGAUCUUUGUACACUUUAAUUACAAAACUGUAUGGUACUAAAGUUUUAAAAUCAGUUUUUUGGUCAGAGAAGAUUUAAUCGUCUUGUGUGCAAUUACCAUGUAUAUACAAAGUCAUGUUAGUGAUUUUUCUCAAAAUAAAAA